AUGUUGAUGGCAGGUAACAUUUUACUAGGCUUCCCUUGGGGUGCAUUUCAGACACUAUCAGUUGCAUAUGCCUCUGAGGUAUGUCCUAUGGUGUUGAGGGUUUAUUUGACAACUUAUGCGAAUGUAUGUUGGAUUUUCGGACAAUUGCUUUCAGCAGGUGUAAUGCGAGCAUUUGUUUCUAGUACUUCAGAACAAUCCUAUAGGGUGCCGUUUGCUAUUCAGUGGGCAUGGCCAAUUCCAAUUAUUAUUGGUGUUUUCCUUGCACCUGAAUCACCUUACUGGUUAGUUAAGAAUGAUAGAUAUAAAGAGGCCAAGAGGUCGAUCGAGAGACUUAUUACAGAAAAUCACAACGUUGACAAAAAUAUGCUUUCUGAAGCGAUGUUACAUAAAAUGCAAAUGACAGUUAAAGGUGAGCUGCAAAAGGAGAAGUCACCCUCUUAUUUGGAAUGUUUUCAAGGGGUGAACUUUCGCCGGACAAGAAUUGCAGCAUUGACUUGGUUAACUCAGAAUCUAUGUGGCGCCACUCUCUUGAGCUAUUCAAGUUAUUUCUAUAUUCAAGCAGGCAUGCCUACAGAGAUGUCAUUCACUUUUACGAUUAUACAAUUCGCCCUUGGUAUUGUAGGUACUAUUGGAUCUUGGUUUUUGUCUAAGAGAUUUGGUCGCUUUACAAUUUAUUUUGGAGGGCUCUGUGUUUUAUCUGUAUUAUUGAUGGUUAUAGGAGGACUUGGCUGUUCAACAGAUAAAAAUGCUAUGUGGGGUGUUGGCACCCUUUUGAUUAUUUACGUUAUGGUCUACGACUUGACUGUUGGACCGUUAUGUUAUUGUAUAGUUGCUGAAAUACCGUCUGUUCGUCUUCGUGCAAAGAGUAUUAUUAUUGCUAGAAAUCUCUACAAUGUUUCUGGGAUUAUAUUAAGUGUUCUAACACCUUAUAUGCUUAAUCCAGGAGCUUGGAACUGGCUGGCAAAGGUUGGUUUUUUUUGGUCAGGAUUCACCAUUGCUUGUGCAUUAUGGUGCUAUUUUGAGUUACCAGAAACUAAAGGUAAGACCUUUGCAGAUAUUGAUUACCUUUUCCAUCAUCAUAUCAAGUCAAGAGACUUCAAACAUACAGAAGCGACUGUUUUUGAUGCCGAUAGUUAUAUUCUUAAAUUAGGAGAUGAUGCUAUAAAGAAUCUUGUUGAGCAGAAUGAAUUUGUCCAUAAUUCUGAGAAAGUAUAA